AUGCAAUUUAUUUAUGUAUUACCAGGAUGGGAGGGAUUGGCGGCUGAUGGUAGAGUGCUUCGAGAUGCCCUUGUUAGACCACAUGGAUUAAAAGUUCCAAGACCGGGUUAUUACUUGGUAGAUGUCGGUUAUACAAAUGGAGAAGGUUUUCUUGCCCCUUAUAAAGGUCAAAGGUAUCAUUUAAAUGAUUGGGGACACCAACCAACUACGCCAAAAGAAUUAUACAAUAUGAGACACUCUUCUGCAAGAAAUGUUAUAGAGAAAUGUUUUGGUAUUUUGAAGGAAAGAUGGGCUAUUUUAAGAGACAAUUCAUUUUAUCCGAUUGAUUUAAAGAAUAGAAUCAUAAUGGCAUGUUGUCUUCUCCACAACUUUGAAAGGCAAGAAAUGGUUGUAGAUCCAUUUGAAAACGAAGAACCAGAUCAGGGGACGGGAGACAAUGGAGAUGGAGAUGACGAUGACGAAAAUAUCACUUCUAUUGGGACAUCUAAUGAGUGGACAACAUUUAGAGAUAAUUUAGCUCAAACUAUGUUUGAAUCCUGGAAUUCUACACACUGA